AUGGAGUUCUGGGGUGUUGAGGUGAAAAGCGGAGAGCCCCUUACGGUUUCGCCUGGUGAUGGGAUGAUCUUACAUCUUUCUCAGGCUUGCAUUGGUGAGGUUAAAAAGGAAAAAGGAAAUGAAGCUGUCUACUUGUUUGUGAAUAUUGAUGGAAAGAGGCUUGUUCUUGGAACACUCUUCGCUGAGAAGUUGCCUCAGCAACAAUUUGACUUAGUGUUUGACAGAGAUUUUGAGCUGUCGCACAACUUUAAAAGUGCAAGUAUUCUCAUUUUAAUUGUAUUCCUUAACUCGGUGCCAUUGUUGAUUCGCACUGGGACAGAGGGAGAAUCAGACGAAUUUGACUCUGAGGAAGAAGAGGAUAACCCACUUCCAGUUGCUAAUAAUGACAAAUCUGAGUCAAAGCCUAAGCAAGAAAAACCCGAGUCUUCUAAUGCUAAUGCCGGAAAAGGUAAGGAGUCUGAUGGUGGUAAGCAAAAGGUGAAGAUUGUGGAGCCAAAGAAAGAUACAGAUGCUGAAGAGGAUGAGGAAAGCACUGAUGAAGACUUUAUGUCUGAUGAUGAAGACGACUCAGACUCUCAGGAUGGAGAUGAAUCAGAUGAGAGUGAUGAAGAGACACCAAAAAAGGCCGAGCCUAGCAAGAAGAGGCCUGUAGAAUCUGCUACAAAAACACCAGUACAAAGCAAAAAAGCAAAAGCAACUCCGCAGGGAACAGACGGCAAAAAGCCUGGUGGUCAUGUAGACACACCUCACCCGGCAAAACAGGCUGGGAAGACACCUGCUAACAAGCCAAAUCAGCAAACACCAAAACCUGGGGGUUCACAUUCUUGCAAGAGCUGCAACAGGACGUUUACUUCUGAGCAAGGCCUUGAAUCCCACACAAAAGCCAAGCAUGCUGGUGGAAAGUAAUUUGGAACUUGUCCUUUCGGCAUUUUUGCCUUUGACAUUCUGAAAGGUUGUUUUGUGGUUUCGAUUAAUGAAAGAGAGCUUGUUUUGUGUAGAUUGUGAACAAUGUAGUGGCAACUGGCAUGCUUUCCUAUGGGAUGACGAAUUCUGGAUUAUUAUAAGAAUGUCAUGCUUUUUCAUUCGUCUCUUUACGUACUGUGGCAUGUUUUCACAUUUCACAUUUCGUCUCUUAUAUGAAUGUCAUGCUUUUUCAUUCGUCUCUUUACGUACUGUCUGCUGUAUUGAUUUCACAUUUC